AUGGCGACAUCACUCGACGCACGCGAUGUGCUGAACCUGCCGCAGGACGGCAGCAGCGGGGCCGGUUCGCGACCGACAAAGAAGCAGCGGACGGGCGGCCACGCACUGGGUGCCGGCGCAUCACGGAACCUCAAAGGCCUGGCGCGCGAGGUACAGAGUCUCGGCGGCGAGAGCCCCAUCUCGAUUGUGCCGCAGCUCUCCAACAUCAAGAAGCGGCGGCUCGCUAACCGUAAGCCGGCGGCGCGCUGGGAGCUGCGGGCCUUUACCAACUCGGCACGCGACGACAAAAGCCUUGUGCUGCGGCACUGGCGGCGAAAGGUACCUGCGGGCAGCAGGGGCGAUGCACGGGCGGCAGUGCAGGCCGGCGAGGCGGCCGGUGCUGACGCUAUGGAGACGGACGACCCGAAGGUACAGGAGGGUCAGCCAGGCGAGCCAGAGCAGCCCAUGGACGACUCGGCAUUUGCCAAGUUCAACGUCCGCGUGGUCGUGCCGCAAUACAGCGACGACCAGUACGCGGCCAACCUGCAACACCCAGACUGGACCAAGGAGGAGACGGACUACCUGAUGGAGUUGGUCAAGGACUUUGAUCUCCGCUGGCCGCUGAUUUGGGAUCGCUACGACUACCGGCCUGCGGACGGCGCCGCAGCAUCCUCCCCUCCUGCCUCGGCCGCCGACGCGACGGCUGUGGUGCCAGCGUCGCAGCCGGCGGACGGUGCGUCCCGGACGAUGGAGGACCUGAAAGCGCGGUACUACGAGAUUGCAGCCAAGAUGAUGGCUGUCCAGAAGCCGGCACAGUACAUGACACAGGCCGAGUAUAACCUACACGGCAUCAUGGCCAACUUCAACCCGGAAAAAGAACGCCAGCGCAAGGCAUUUGUGACCAACGCGCUGAUGCGGUCGCGCGAGGAAGUGCGCGAGGAAGAGGCGCUGCUGUUCGAGGUGCGCCGCAUUAUGGAUCGCACGGAGCGCACCAACGACGAGCGGCGCGACCUGUACCACCGGCUCGAGUUCCCGAUUGCCGACCAGGACAUUAGCAGCUUCAAGACGAGUGCCGGUCUGCAGACACUUCUGCAGAGCCUCAUGUACAGCAACGAAAAGUCCAAGAAGCGCAAGAGCUUGGCGGCCGGCGAAGCGGCGGGCGCAGCGGGCGCGGCGGGUGCCAGUGGUGGUGCUGCGGGUGCUGCUGGCGCCGACGCUGGCAGCCGACGCGAUAGCAUCGCCGCGUCGGGUGCCGGCGGCGCGAACCGCCGCGAAUCGGCCAACCCCAAGGACGACAAGGCGAAUGCCACCGACGCAGCCGCCACGCCGACGGCAGCGGCUGCGUCGUCUGCAGCAGCCGCGACUGCGACGGCGCCCGCGACGCCUGUGGCGGCGACACCGACCGCCAGCGGCAAGAACAACAAGAAGGGCCAGCCACAGAUGGAGCGGCGCAAGCUCACGGAGCAGGAACAGGACGUGUACGGCGUGACGUACCACGACCGGCUGGGUUCGGGCCCGACGUUCCGGUACGAAAAGAUUAACAAACUGUUUACGCACAAGAGCGGCCAACAGCAGCUCCGCAUCAGCAACAUUCUGAACGAGCUCGAGAUGCCUGCUCGGCUGUUUAUGCCGACGGCGUCCGUCACGGCCCAGUUCGAGCACCUGGUCAACUCGGUGGUUCAGCUGGUGGACCUGCGCAAGGUGAGCGACAAGCUGGACGGCGAGAUCAAGAUUGAGGAGCAGAAGAAGGCCGAGCGCGAUCGGGCGAGGGGCAUUGUUCCGGGACAGACGGACGGGGCGACCAAAGGCGCAGCCGACGCCGACAAGAAGGCCGAGAACAAGACCGAGGAGGGUGCCGGUGCGGACAAAAAGGACGGCAAGGACACGAAGGAGGGUGAGGCCGACAAGAACGCAGAAGAGGCCGACAAGCCCGACGCCAAGGUGGCCGACGAAGCAGCGGCGACAUCUGAGCAAAAGGGCGACAACGAGAGUGACAAGAAGACUACGGUCACAAGGACAAAGGACGAGCUUGUCCCGACCAAAGAGGAAGACGGCAGUGGCGAUGUGCACGAGGCCCGGACGACACGGUCGGGCUCGCGGCCUGGGAGCAGCAGCAACAAUGCUAGCUCGGCACACAAGCGGAGUGCGAGUGUGCUCAGCGUGGCGAGCGACAAGAGCUCGAAGCGGCAGAAGAAGUGA